AUGCCUGGAAGAGUCUUGCCGACAUUCACCUCUACGGAGGUUGAAUCCCACAAUACCGCCAAGUCCUGCUUCAUCACCAUAGGGCGCAAUGUUUACGAUGUGACGGAUUUCCUCGACGCUCACCCUGGUGGCGGUGAUCUGAUUUUGGAGUAUGGAGGCAAGGAUGCUACAGAUAUCCUCAAGGACGAGAUUUCCCACGAACAUUCGGAUGCCGCCUACGAAAUUCUGGACGAGUACCAUGUUGGCUUCGUCUCCAAUGCCGCGACGCCCGGCAAGACCUCUACGACCGCCAUCGAGACCGAGUCAGGGUCGGUUCCCAUCUACGCCAACACCGGAAUGUCGCGUGAGGAGGACCUGUCGAUUGAUACGGAUUACACCCAAGAUUUUAAGACACACAAGUUUUUGGACCUGAACAAGCCGCUUAUUAUGCAGCUAUGGAACAGCAACUUUUCCAAGGAGUUCUACCUGGAGCAGAUUCACCGUCCUCGUCAUUACCGCGGUGGAGAGUCAGCCCCUCUGUUUGGUAACUUCCUCGAGCCUCUCAGCAAGACCUCGUGGUAUGUGGUACCGUCAAUCUGGCUGCCCCCCGUUAUCUACGGAACCAUGGUCGGAUUAUCAGGACUUGGAAACGUCUCUGUCACGGCUUCCUACUGGAUUGGCGGUGUCUGCCUCUGGACUCUCAUUGAGUAUUUGAUGCACAGAUUCCUUUUCCAUGUUGACCACUGGCUUCCGGACAACCGUGUCGGUCUGACCCUUCACUUCCUCCUCCACGGUAUUCACCACUACCUUCCCAUGGACAAGUACCGCCUUGUCAUGCCUCCGACAUUAUUCGUGCUCUUGGCUGCUCCUUUCUGGAAGCUGGCACAUACCGUCUUUUUCUACAACUGGUUCGCCGCUCUGACGGUCUUCUGCGGCGGAGUCUUCGGAUAUAUCUGCUAUGACCUGACCCACUAUUUCCUGCACCACCGCAAUCUCCCACUGUACUAUAAGGAGCUUAAAAAGUACCACCUCCAGCACCACUUUGCCGACUUUGAGAAUGGAUUUGGUGUCACAAGUCGCUUCUGGGAUCGUGUCUUUGGCACUGAACUCGAGACUCCCUCCCCGAAGGGAACCAAGGCUCAGUGA